AUGCAGCAGUCUUCCGACGACCAACAAUACCCGCCACCACGCAGCGAGCAUUUCGAGAAGGAGUACGAACCGUUCCGCAACAACGUUGCUCUUCAGAUCAACGAUGAGGAAGUCACUGGACCCAUCGCCUUCUUCAAUCCGACCCGCGCCGGCUUCACCUACACAGGCUCCGUGGUCCAUAAGGUGGACUCGCAGGGCUCCGAAUUCGUCGCACAGGAAGGCGAAGUAGAAUCGGAGGACGGCGUCCUCGCGACCAGGGUCGAAUAUGCAUGGAGUUCUCGCAACAACCGGAAGGGCCGGCACGCUCUCGCAAUCCACGAGUAUUAUCCAAAUCGCGCAGGAAACGAAAAGAAAUCAUCCUCGCCACUAACUGGCCGACAAGCGAUUGGGAGCGGGAUAUGGCGAAUGCUCACCAGCUUUCCGUGGUAUGACGUUAGCUGGGUCAAUGCAAUGGGGUUUUUUACUGGCUGUCUCGCGCUACUGGUCAACGCAUUCCUGUCCUUUCUGCCUUAUGCGAAGCCCGACCUCGGACAGCCGUCUUGGAUCAUCUACGUCGAAGCAAGCCUAACUCUUAUCGGCUCUGGCUUCUUCGCCUUCUCCAGCUUCCUAGGUUUCGGUGAGGCAGUCAAUGCACAGCGACGAGGCUGCUUCGGCUGGAAAGCGGAACAAAUAUCAUUUGCCGACCAGAUGGAUACUUCGGUGGAAGAGGGUGCCGUCACCCGGCUUGUACCCGUUGGAACAUGUGAGCACCACCAUAGCAGGGAGUCUCACACGUUCAGCUACGAAGCGACUUCUUCCCAAGCGGAUGGCGAGCCUGCCGAUCGUCAACAGCUGGCUAUAACACAGCCAGUCCCAGUUGAUAUUUGGAGAUGGCUCCCAACCAAGCACGCGCUUCGCAACCACCUCGUCUAUGAAAUAGGAUUUCUUGCGAGCGCGGUUCUGUUUGGCAGUUCGCUGGUCUACUGCGCGGCUUCAAUAGCAACGUUCGUCACCUCCAUCAUGUCGGAGAGUAUCCCACAUUGGAUUCGCAUCCCACAAAUCAUCGGCGCUACUGGCUUCAUCCUGGCUUCCAUCUGCCUCAUGAUUGAGAACCAGACGUACUGGACCAUUCCAGAGCCUCGCUCAAUCGGCUGGAACAUCAACUGUUGCAUCAUGGUGGGAAGCAUUGGGCUUCUUCUCAGCGCCAUAUUCGGUCUCUUGGAACCUGCAGACUGGGCAUCGUAUCAGUGGGCUGGCAUCUAA